CGAUAAGGAAUAGUUUGGUUCCUGGAAAGGGAGACGAUGUUUCGUGUGGUUUCUGAGUGUGACGGCUCCCAGCGCCGCCUAGCCGCCUUCCUACUGGUGGUCGUCGUACUCGAGGUGACAUUUAUCUGUUGUUUUAUACAUCACGAGCACGCGAACGCGCGCGACGAGCUGAAUCGGAAGUUGGCACCGGAAGGGCGGCAAACGGCAUCCAAUUCUAGCGGCGAAAUCACGGCCAAGAAGUCGGUUUUAUUGAAGACGUUGCGCGAUGGAAACGAGGGGACGGGGAAAGGUGGCCCAAGAGGCCAGCAGCGCGCACUUCACGCUGGGAAACGAUGAACGCGUGAUGCGUUCCAGCUACCAGACGGACUUCGGGGGCGUACGCGCGAUGCGUUCUUUUCGCUGCCCAAGGCCAGAACCACCAAAACCCGCUAAGAUUCUGCCGUCGGCGGGCGCCGUGCCGGAACACUGCAAGUGGUUCUCCUCUACACGGAUCGAUUUCGGUCAUGUGACUGCUCAAGAUCGCCAGGCAGCAUAUGAGAUGAGUCGCAGCGACUUUAGGGCAACGAAGGAAUUGCAGAUUCGUGACCUGGGACUUCUGCGCGACAACCACAGCGCGCCGGCGUUCUCCAAAUACAGACAAGACUACCGGCCAUCCGCCUAUUGCAUGCCGCAAAUGCUUGAUGUUAUCCGGUUGUCCGAACGUGCGCACAAACUUGCUGUCAAAAGAAAUGCAUGGAUGAUUUCGGAGGCUCGGAGCGCCUUCCGGUGGCCUUCCGCCGCCCGCGUGAAGUUGCCCAGUCAUAUCAGGUCCCGCAGUCAAACCGCCUGA